AGCCCGCAAAAGCAUCUCAAAACCAGAGCUCAGAGAUUUGUGCGUGACAGUGAAGACGAUGAAUACUCUUUGUGUACUGAUGUUGGCAUUAGUGGGGAUCACAGGAGGCGCCUUCGUCACCAAGUCGGUGGCCUUUCCCCCAGCUCGCCCCUUGCUGACCAACAUGGAGAACCUCUGCACCCAGGGAGGGGGCCGCCCCCGCUACCCCGCUAAAAACUUCCCCGCCAGGGGCUACGCGCACCAGCGCCGCUGUGGCUCGGCCAUUAACCGCGUGGAGGCCUGGUACGGCAUGUGCUGCGCCGCGGGCACAGCGGAGGCCGACACUCUCUGCUGCGCCACACAAGCGUGGGAGUAUGCGCUGAACCAGUUCUGCCAGGAGGAGUUCAUGGUGAUGGACCUGCCUCAUCAGUGCUGCGAGGCGGAGAGCGAUGAGAAGAGGCUGGCCUGUUUCGCUGGAGAGGCCCAUAACCCCUCCUACCAGGGCAUACGCGGCUACAAGGCCCCCAGCGUCACUGUGGACCUCGCCUUCACCUGGGACCCCACCACCUGCUAGAGCCUGCGUAAAGGAAGCAGAGUCUCAGGCUGGCUGAUCAUCUUCAAGAGUUGUUGUCAGUAAUCGCUACUCCACCAAUAUUAACAGUAUAUGAAUGGAUACUUACACAUGCUACAAUGCAAUGCUUUUUAAAAAGAUGUCUCUAGUGCCAGACCGAGUGUGUUAACAAACGGCUUUGUGAAACCAUUGUGAAACUAUUCCCCGAUUACACACACAGACACAGAUACAGACACAGACACAGACACAGACACAGACACACACACACACACACACACACACACACACACACACACACACACACACACACACACACACACACACACACACACACACCAGAGAGAGAGAGAGAGAGAGAGAGAGAGAGAGAGAGAGAGAGAGAGAGAGAGAGAGAGAGAGAGAAAAAAAUAUGCCUGUGGCCUUGCUGUUUGCUCUGUUGAGUUCCAUGGAAGUAUGUCAUUUCACCGACCAUCAUAUUGCAGUUGCAGCAUUUUACACCGUCCAGAGACUCGCCACAGACAUCGCCGUGGAAGGAUUCUUUAAACAUCCAGAAACUGAUAUACUGUACGUGGUUACAUGGUUACAGUAAUACCAGAGAGAGUAGAGAGAGAGAGGUUCCAUUGGCCCAUUGUUUCCUGGUUCUAUUAUGGCCCCCCCUUAGGCACCCCUAGGCAGACCUAAGGACUGUUCUAUUCAUUGUAGGAGCAUUAUGACACGCCCCUUUAGGCAGACCGGAACCUGGUCGCGUUAAGUGCCCAUAGAAACCUAUUAUGUUGGCAUAUCUCUAUACUUAAAGAAUCUCUGGUAAUACACACUUACAGUACUGCUUUGGUCAGAGGUGGAACGUAACUAAGUAUACUAGUUACUGUACUUAAGUAUUUUUUUCUGGAAUUUGUACUUACUUGAGUAAAAAUAAAAAUGCAGACUUUUACUUCAA